AUGGUUUUAACAUUCUUUUUUGCCUACUUACUAGGCUUUGCAACAUGCGAGGACAACAGCCCCCAGUAUGCUGUGGCUGCCAGCAAAAUCGACACUUCCCUGGUUGUCAGGUAUACUUCCACUUACCCACCUGAGAUUGCUCCUGUCAAAACAGUCUAUGAAGGUUUCAAGACAAUCUACCUCAAUGUUGUGGACUGUGACUAUGUCACGGUGGAAAAUGUCAAUGAGAGCCCUUCCUCAACUGGUAUAUUCACAACGAGAACACUUUUGCCGACACUGACAGAAUACCGAAUUGGCUGUAUGGUAGACACUAGUGUGACAACUCGAGGGGAGAUGAUCCAAACAGCACUACCACAAAGCUCUGUUGAGACAGCACAUGGGAAUGCCAGAAGAAUGCAGUUCGAGGCAUCUUCCCUCGCGAAUGUUCUCGGUAUUGCCCAACGAUUGUCCUCUGGCAUCGAUCCUACCAACCAGAACAUUACUGUUCGAGAGUUUAGGUUCUUACAGGAGAUCAAUACUGCACUCUUCGCCCUCAAUAUUUGCAACUCUGGUCUGCCUCUGGACAAGAUGUGUGAAUAUCUGCAGGACCAAAACCUCCGCGGCCAUCUAGAGGAUAACUAUAUCAACCAAGAUGAAGCUCGCAAUAUUGUUUGUUUCUGCUCUGCCAACGGUUUGUAUUUCAACGAGUCGAACGACGAGCUGCUUGGAGACCUUGCCGCUCUUGAGUAUGCUGUUCAGACGCACGCAUACGGUACCCAAACCUUGCAGGAGAUUUGUCAGAAUCUCGACUACCGGGCCGCCAGCAUGCUGGGAAUUGACGUUGGCGAAAUCCAAGCAUUCGUGUGCAACGGCACUGGCGGCAUCUUACCCUCGACUAGUACAGCGAGCGCUACGAUGUCGUUGACUACCGGCUCUGGCAACUCAAGCACGGCGAGCACGGCACUUGGUACAGGCUCUUCCGCUGCUCCUUCAGGCAUGGGACUAUCCUCAACAGAGUCAGGUCCGGCUCCUAGCUCAUCUAUCAUCUUGGGAACUGAUGGUCCAGCCUUUAGCAGUGCCACGUCAGCUGCAGGCACUGUUGGUCCUUGGUUCAACGCAUCCAGCACGGCAACCAGCACCACUGCUGAUGUUGCUGCUAUGACGGCCAGUGAUAUUGCUGGUCGGGAUACGGCAGUAGCCGCUGCAAUGUUCUAUCCACCACGACUUAUUCGGGAAAGACUUCGACGACAUGGCCACGUUGGCUAA